AUGCAGUCGCAAGAACUGUCAUAUUCAAUCCCAGAACGUAGAGACGUUUACCAGAACACACCGAAUAUUAUACUAGAAACAGUACCAUUUACCUCUCGAGCAAACCCGCUCAUCCAUAAAGAUCACCCGGACUUCAUAAAUGUGGAAGCUUACUUUCUGAAGUUGCUCCGGGAAACCUCUCUCACUGUCCGACAGAUUCUUGAUCAAGUAUUUGAACCUGAAGAGGUUGCUCUCUUCGAGCCAGCGGUCCGACCACCGCAGCUGGUUGAACUACAAAGAGAUCACUCUAUUCGCUACCAGCGUCUCCUAGAGACACGCUUUAAAGGCCACACCCCUUCACUGCAGUUCAAGAUGACUCUUCUCUAUUUUGGACUGCCAGUUGCCCCAAUGAAGCCGGGGAGCUUUCAGGGCCAUGUAAAGAUGGAUCUAGAUCGCAACCAGGACAAUCUUGUCAUUCAAAGUGACCCGUUGGACUUCCUGGACGACUAUUCCAUUAGAACAUACGGUGAUCCAUCACAACGUGUGUACGCACCGAGUCGACCCGGAAAACAGCCAGUCGUAAAUUUCCCAUCUCUGAAUCUUCGUGGUGGUGCACAGCCGUCGACUUUUGCUCCUCCCUCGUCUGAUCCGAACGGAACACCACUACGAAUUUACGGAUAUCAGGGGUCAUUUUCAACUCUCUCAAAAUUCGACACCUUUGUAGCAGCUGUAGAUCAACUCCUCGGAGUGAGAUACGAGGGUUAUAACUACAUGGUCUGCAUCGAAGUCUGGGACUCAGCUGCUACCACUAACAGGAAACCACUGGAUUCAGCAACGGGCAUAUUAUACCAUGAUAAACCCGUGCCAAAUGCCAAUGAUCCCAUAUCAUCAUUACUCAAAAAAUGGUUUACUGGGCCGACGGAGCGCUAUAGUAUCUUCGUGCAUUUCGACAAAGAAGACCACCCAGUCUUGUUCAAUCCAAGCCCAGAAGAGGGACAAGACAUAAUACAGCUAUGGGAUGAUAAGAAUCGUGCCUUAACAUAUAUGAAGGUACCGCGGAAUUUCAAUGCAACGCAUAAGCAAAAUCAGCUACGCGGCGAGUAUACAACUGCCAUGCGUACGCUGUUCCAAGAUCUUCCUCACCACUUUCUCCAGUACACAUCCCAUCCGGACAGCUCAUCAUAUGGCCUUCUUGAAGCCCCUCCAGAAGUAUGGAACAAGGCCGUUGAGGACAAGGCAAAGGGCACAGGUAUCCCUACCAUAAGUUUUAGGCCAAUUCCGAUACCCAAUAACAUUGUACCGGUUUUGAUCCCAGGCUUCUAUGCUUACGAUACAAACUUCACCCCUUCGAACGCGAACUCGGGCAUAACAGAGACUUUCCUCCACGCCGACGACCUUGUACUCGACAAGACGGACACCACGAAUGAUCACGUUGGGCUGACGAAACUGCUCAAUGCGGUAUUCGCCGCUAAUCCAGGGUUACUGGGAAAUCUCCAAAUGGUUGGACUCGACAUCUGGAUUUCGCAAGAGGGUUACAUAAGUUCAUGGGGACCAGGAAGCCGCAUCUUGACUUCGGAGAAAGAGAUCACCUACGAAGCACGGGUGACCUGGCGAAGAGCCAUAAAAGAAUUCCAACACCCGAAGGUCCACGGCUAUCCCUCGAAAGUAUGCAUCGUGGCCCGUCCAGUUUUUGCUAGCUAUGAGAUCCGCUCAAAAAAUAACGCCCAAAACAGCUUCUCGUACAAUAUAAAUGAUGCGAAACUGGCCGAUUUCUUGGCCGAGAUUCAGACCAAGCUGUAUCCUACCGCCCAAGGCAAUCCAGGGGGUAAUAUUCUUCACAUUGUUCAGUCGACCUGGGGGCUCAACAAGACCGAGUUUGCUGUCAGAGCAGACACGCGUGAGGAAGAAUGGAGAUGGAUUCAAAGGCAUAUCACUGAACCUGAUAUUACUGUCUCACUCGAGCCUUGGAACAAUGACUGGGCCAUAAACAAGAACUUAGUAUGGGGUCCGCGUUACGGCCCCGGGCUUCCUGUCCAGUUCUCGAGUCACUUCGAUCGAUAUGACAAGCCAAAACCCCACAGCGAAUUCCUCAACAACUUCUUUGACAGGUCCUCCAACACGAUGACAGAAGCUACGAGGACUGAGGCGCUGCGUAAGAGAUUCUUCUACGAUAGUCCGAGUAUAUUUGCGAACCCAGCGAAACCGGUGAUGCCCAUCCACGGCCCCCCUAUCGAGACUAUUAUUCACACAGGGCCCAACGUCCCCGGAUUCACCACUGCGAUGCGGACGCCUAGUGAGGUUGCGCGACUUGAAAGAGAAGUCCACACCCUGCGAGGAAAUCUCCUUGACAGACUUAGAGAGUGUCCGUAUCUCAAUUGCAAACGGUACUUCGCGUUCAGUGAUGGUGAAGGACUCGAUCGACAUUUGCGACAGGAUCAUAACACAUUGCAGUGCUUCCUUUGCGACAAGGAAAAGAAUCUCCUCCCAUACUAUGAUCAGUAUAAUAUCAGACGGCACUUCAUCGACGAGCACUACUAUGAUGUCCAGCAACUUGUCGGGGUCUCUGGUGGUGAGCCUCCUCACUCGAGAACACCUGAUUACUGCCACAUGUGCGGUCGGGACCAGCUCAUGUUGAAUAAACCAGCCGAUCGGAAGCACCAUGAAAAAAAGUGUCAGACUGGCAUAACCACCAUUUCCGCCUGGUGUAAGAUUUGCGGUCGCGUAAAGGGCCAUCCAAGGGAGGUCUGUGAAUGUGAAACGGGGUUGACACUCCGAAAUCGCCUCGACCGGUAUUGCGCAACGUGUGGUCUGGAGUACGAUAAAACUAUGGAUUCACUAUAUCGCGAAAGGCAUGCUAUGCAUUGCAAACCAUUGGGUGGAUGGCCUUAUGAUUGCUGUCCCGGCUGCGGAAUUAUUCUCACUGACAAAACCAGCACCGAAAAGUCAGUACACAUCUCAGCAUGUAUAUCAGGAGCCCACACUGGCAAGCCCACCCGUCCUAGCAAUACGAAUCCGGAAGAUCAGCCGGGAGGUCAACCGGGAGGACAACCGGGAGACCAAAUCACCCCUGAUGAUGAUAAUGAUAUAGAGCUUCCGCCCGAUCGUUUAAAUGAAAUCAUGAAAGCUCUCAGCAAACCUACGAACAAUCUUACGCCACCUCAACCGACAAGACCUGGAUAUCCAACUCCAAUUGGAACCAAUGUCGGCCCCUCUCCAGGCGACGUUCCCUCUCCAGUCGGCGAUCCCGCUCCAGUCGGAGGAAUCUUCCCGGCCCCAACCACACACACUCCGACCACAGUAACCCACCCGACCACGCACACUGCGACAGGAACCAAUCCAACUGGACCAAUCGCUCCAUCCCCAGAAGUUUCUACGAACAUGGACAUUCCAACCAUAGAAACCCAUACCCCAGGACAAGAGGCGGAUGAUGGAUACGUAAUAUGGAGAGAAGCGGGGGCUGGAGAGGAGGUGGACAUUCGCGCCCGUAGGGUGAACUCGCCUCCGUGGGAUGUAGUAUAUUAUGGCGAGCCCGAGGAUCCCAAUUUCGUGCCACCGCGCGACUGGAGAUGCUCGAGGUGUUUCCGAGCCGCAGGAGACAAUAUGCACAUGGCCGCAAUUGGUAGCUGCAAAGUCCGUCGCGGCCAAGGCGACCUCAACGAUUACUUCAUACCCAACCACAGUGGAUGGGUCCCUCCAGACCAGGGCGUCGACUUUAAGAAGGCGUACUGGAACUUCGUCAAGAACUACCCGGCAUACACGCACACCAUGUUCCCGGUGCGUCCUGAGAGCGUCGCCGGCGUGUGGACGGAGCCGUACUCGCUGGAAAAGGCCGUCGGAAGCUACCUGGACGACCCCAACUUCUUCGGGCUCGCGCAGUUCAAGGCACGGAUCUUCGAGCUGCCUUGGCCGCCGUACAUGAACACUACUGUGAUCCCCUUAAACGACCUGCGCAACCAGAUGGAGUGGCCGACCGACGACGAGUUCUGGGAUAAUAGGAGCGUCGGGGGGCAGGACGAUACUACCACACAGACGACCGCCAUUGACACUGACAUCGGCACAUCCGGCAACACCUCAGGCAACAACUCCGGCCCCGAACUUACCGUGCUUCCUCCGAUCUCCAUAUCAUCCGACGACGAGGAAAACACACCACCAACCCCAGCGCCCAAGACCGGCCUCACCACCUCCACCGAUCCAACCCCCAAGAAGGACGACACAUCGUCGCUAACGACGAUGACCGACACGGACUUCGCCGAAAGUGGUGGCGUCCCCAAGGGCAAGGCCACCGACACCGACGCCGGCAGCAGCCCCACCAACACCACCAACCCCGCGUCCGGCAGCGUCGGCGGCACCACGGACGCCGGCACCAACACCGACCCCACGGAGCGGCGGCGGCGGCGGCACAAGCGCACGCUAGACGAGACGUACUUCUCGCCGUCGGACACGUCCUCGCUGACGUCCGUGUCGGAGGAGUACUCCGAGGCGGGCGCCGUGGCCGACCCCGUCGCCAACCUGCAAGCCGACGCCCCGCCGACCCCGAAGCCGAAGCGCCGGCGACAGAAGCACUACCGGCGGGCGCCGCGGCCCCCGCAGCCCCCCCGCGCCAGCGACCCCGAGGUCGCCGGCCGCCAGCACGUCGCCCUCGACCCCGAGUGGCGCCGCAUGGCCGCCAUCGCCUCCACCGCCGGCCGCGGCGACCACCCCAACGACGCGCCCCACCCCUGGCUGCUGCCGCCGUACGAUUACCAGGCGCCCGCGCCCGGCGGAGAGGGUUCCGCUGCGCCUUAGUUCUUUCUUCUGAAGAAGAAGGGGGAGGGCUAGGAAGAGGAGAAAGGAGGAGUCGGGAGAUAGAUGGGAUGGGAUGGGAUGGGUGGCUAGGAGGUAGGAGGUGCGGUGGUUAGGGCGUUGGGCACACAACACAACAAAAAAAAAACAUCAGCAACCAAAACCACAGCCAACGGUAAUAAUACUUACCUACCUACCUACCUACCUACCUAGCCACCUGGGAAGUGGCGUGGAGAUGAGGGCUCUAUUUGUAUGAAGCAAAGCAAGUAUUAGACAAGAUUCGAUCUUUAAAUCAUGGGUUUUAGUUUUAUUUUUUGAAUCCUUUUUUUUUUAUUUUUUGGAUUUCUGUUUU